AUGGUAUGGUACCUCAGGAUUAUCAAUGAACCAAUUCAAGGAUCAAUUUACCACAGUAUCAGAGAAUUCUUGUUCCCAAAUAUGAAUAGCUCAUAAACUAAUCAGAAAGUUGAUGAUCAAAAAAUUAUCUUUUUUGAACCUGGAGCUACUGAUCUGAUAAGUGCUGGAUUUAAAGAUACUCCAGGAGGUUAAGAAUUCAGAGAUAGAGAAGCAUACAUUUAUUUGUUUGAUGUUGAUGAUUAUAGCCUUCCAUAGAAUGAGUAAGUGUGCAAUUACAUGGAUUCAUUCUACUUUGCAACCAAAGACGGUGUGGCCAAUAUAUUAGGAGUUGGCAAAUUCAUGACUGAGCUUGGAGCUAUUCUUGAUACUCCAGAAGAAAAAAGGAAUUAGACUACUUAUUAGACUUAAUGGAAUUCAGAUUCACUUUCAUUGGGCUUAUUGGGAAUCUAAGUAUUAUGCUGA